AUGUUGACCGAUCCUUCCAAUUUACAGGUUAAGAAUUUGGCUAUAUUGCACAUGUCUUCGGCCUUUGAAGACGCACAGAACGUCCCACCAUUGAAGAAAGCCAAACUGGUUGAGGCUGUUGGUAACGGCAAGGUAAGCGCUUGAAAUUGAUGUUAUUUUGUUGUAAAUUUAGGUAAUUUUGACGUGGAUAAUGGAGGAAAACAUAAAGUUUUUUAAUUUUGUUAAGAUGAAGAAUGUAAAUUAAAGUUUCCUAAAGUGUAAACAUGGGGUUUCAAGCUAAAAUACAGAGAAAUCGAAAAGAUUGACCUUAUUUUUGGUUUCGUAACUAGAGAAAGUAUAUUUGCAUGCCUGAAUUAGUAAAAAGAGGUUUUGUUACCUAAACCGGCUUAUUUACUGGGAAAAGCCGUUUCGUACCUAGAAGUCUGUUUUUUAAUGCCAAGAUGCGUCAAUAAGACUAUUUUUCAUAAAGGAAUUACGAAAGCAUCUGUUUUUUAUAGAGUUUGUUUGUUUUAUGCCUAGAAGAAUAAAAUAAACUAGCUGUAAGCUAGCACAUCUACUUCAAUAUAGUUACUUGUUUUUGAACCUAGAUUCAAUUUGAUCUUUGCUUUUUAGAGAGUUUGAAAAUAAAAUUAGCACUUUAUUUGUUUACUAAAAUAAAGGGCUUCUUUUUGAUAGCCAAAUCUUAUCUUUUUACGUUCUUCACAUUUGAAUUUGGUUUCGAAUUGAAAACGGGUGUUUUUGACCAAAGAACGGUCUAACAGCUGGUUUUUUGCUUUUUUGGUAAUACUUUUAGCUUGUUUUUGUUGUAGGGGUUUAGAAAUUUCAACUUUUUAACUUAUAUGUCUUCAUUUUGAGUUUUUAUUUAUUCAUGGGGGUAGAAAUUAGAGUUUUUAGUUAUUGAUAUUUUCUUUCUUUUUGAUUUUAGAAGGUUAACUUUGACUGAUUUUUAUUCUUAUGCAAAGGGUCAUUUUUUAUAUAUUAAACUUUUUGCGAUUAACCCUCUAAUUUUUUAGGAAGUAUCAUCAGGCGCAGAUAUGUACCGUGCUCAAAAAGCUGCUGGCAACCCAGCCAACAAUGGUGGAUCAAAGGAAAACGCUGAAUCUGGUGACAAAUUGGACUCUAACUUGUAUUCUAGACAAAUGUAAGUAUUUUACUUUAUUUUUUACCUUUUUAGGUAACAAAUUUUUGCUUAAAAAUGUGGAGAUUAGUGGAAAUUAGUUUCUAGUAUUGUCAUGGUCUUUCAUAGCUAAUUUUUGCUUUAAAAGUGACAUAAUUUCAACAAAAACUAACAAUAACAAUUUUAGUUACGCUUUGGGCGAAUCGGCCAUGUACAAGCUUCGUCAAGCUCGUGUAUUGAUCUCAGGAUUGGGUUCAGUUGGAGUAGAGAUCUCUAAGAAUUUGAUUCUUGGUGGAAUUCGUCAUAUUUCUCUUCAUGAUACCAAGAAUGUUGAAUGGAAGGAUUUGUCAGCUCAGUAUUACCUAAAUGAAAGUCAUUUGGGAAAGAAUCGUGCCGAAAGUUGUUUUGCUGCACUGGAAGAACUUAACGAUUCUGUUCAAUGUAACUUAAGCACGGAAGAGCUCACUGAAGAGAUUGUGGCGCAGUUUGAUGUGAGUUUUUUUAAACUUUUUUACUUCAGUGUGUUAAAUUAUGUUUUUAGCGAAAUUUUACUGCAAAACCUUAAUUUUUUGACGGUUUGUAGUAUAUAAACUAUGAUUUUUGGCGUAUGCUUGAUGUAUCUUAUGAUUCCUAGAUAAUUUUUUAUUAGUUCUUUAAUGUUUUUACUGUUUUACAUUAACUUUUUAGCUUGUCGUCUUGACCGACCAAACCUUUGGCUACCAGAAGAUUGUAAACAACUGGUGCCGUGUCCACAACCGCUACUUCAUUUCGGCCGAUGCUCGUGGACUUUUCUCGUACUCAUUCGUUGAUCUUGGCAACCAAUUCAGAAUUGAUGAUGCUUCUGGAGACCCAGUAAAAGAGAUUCUCAUUGAGUACGUUGACAGAAAUACUGGCAAUGUGAUGACAUUGGAGGAGAACUUCCACGGCUUCGAAGACGGAGAUUAUGUGACAUUCUCGGAAAUCAAAGGAAUGGCCGAACUUAACAAUUGUGAACCAAGAAAGAUUACUGUUGUUAGUAAGUAUUUAAUUUUUUUUUGUAAUUUUAGGUGUAAUAUUAGUCUUUUUAAGAGUUCUCUGGGGUAUGAAGUAACAAAAACUAUAGCAUAUCUUUAUUUCAGAGCCAAACGUGUUCAACAUUGGCCCAAUCUCAGCUCAGUUCGCCGACUACAUUGAAGGUGGACGUUGUAGACAAGUCAAGGUCCCAAGUUUCGUUGAUUUCAAGACUCUGGAACAACAAUUAGCCGAGCCAGAAUGUGUUAUCUACGAUUAUGCACACUUUGAUGCUCCGUCACAACUUCACGCUCUAUGGCAAGCCUUGUAUAUCUUUGAAGAGAAGCACGGUAGAGCUCCAGAACCAAGGAACGAUGAUGAUACUGCUGAACUGAAGAAGUUAUUGCCAGAAGGCAGUGGUGAAGUCGCUGAUAGCUGGAUCACGCCUUUCUCUUAUCAGGUAACUUUUUGAGGGUUAUAUUCUUGGCACGAUGCUUGUAGAAGAUUGGUUUAGGUGUUGUAAUGAAUGCGACAUUUUUCACAUUUUCAAAUUUUUAAUCAUAAUUUUUAGGCCAGAGGUAAUCUUCAACCAGUGACCUCUUUGAUCGGCGGUAUCACUGCUCAAGAAGCCAUGAAAGCGGUCACACAUCACACAACUCCUCAGAAACAGUUCUUAUACACUCACCAUUUGGAAGCCCUGCCAGGAGAUUGGUCUCCUUUCAACAAUGCCAAACUCACGGCCGAAGAUUGUGCUCCGCGAAACAGCCGUUACGAUGCUCAAGCCGCUGUAUUCGGAUGGGGAUUCCAAGAAGCCCUUCAGAAGCAGAAAUGGUUCAUCGUGGGAUCAGGAGCUAUUGGAUGUGAAUUGUUGAAGAACUUUGCCAUGAUCGGGUUGGGAUGCUCAAAGGAAGGGAAGAUCAAGAUCACCGACAUGGAUCAGAUCGAGUUGUCUAACUUGAACCGACAGUUCUUGUUCAGAAGAAAGGAUAUGGGCGGAAAGAAGUCAGAAGUUGCCGCCAAGGCUGUGAAGUCAUUCAAUCCUGAUAUUAACAUUCAGGCUUUGGCUGAUCGAGUAGCUCCGGACACUGAAGAGAUCUUCAACGAUGACUUUUUCGAAGAAUUGAGUGGAGUAGCUAAUGCUUUGGAUAAUAUUCAAGCUAGUAAGUUAGAAAAUCUUUAUUUGGCAGUUUUAGACGAAUUUUUUUAUGAAACGGUUUUUAGAGUAUUUGUUUUGGUACUAAGCAGAGUUAGUACUUGUUCAUAAUUUAAAAAUAUUUCAUUAUGUUGGAUUUGGUGGUUGUAUAUAUUGUAGUAAACAAUUAUAAUUUCAGGACGCUACAUGGACAGUCGUUGUGUGUACUACCAGAAGCCACUGCUGGAGUCAGGAACGAUGGGAGCGAAAGGAAACACUCAGGUCGUAUACCCACAUAUCACCGAGUCCUACAGCUCUACCAACGACCCACCAGAGAAGGACAUCCCCAUCUGUACGUUGAAAAACUUCCCAUACGAGAUCCAACAUACGAUCCAAUGGGCUCGAGGACAAUUUGAAGAUUUGUUCACGAAUCCGGCCGAAAAAGUGAACCAAUACUUGACAGACACACGAGGAUUCUUAGAACGUUUGGAAACCAUGAACCCAGGGCAAGCUAUCGCUGUAAGUUUGAACUUUUAUUGUUUUUGAUGUCUUUUGCUUGAUGUUUAGUUGAUAUUGUUAUAAAUUUAAACUUUAAUGAUUUUUUAAAUAAGGCUCUAAAUUUUGCAUCUAAUUUCAAUUUAUGACACCUUUUUAGGACCUGAGGAUCUUGAAGCAAAGCUUGAUUGAUGACAAACCAAAAGCACCGGAAGAUUGCGUUUUGUGGGCCUUGAAGACCUUCCAAACCUACUAUCACAAUGAGAUUGCUCAACUCCUUCACAACUUCCCGGCUGAACAGUUGACGGAUUCUGGAGUCAAAUUCUGGUCCGGUACCAAGAGAUGUCCUCAUGUGUUGAACUUUGAUCCCGAAAACACCUACCACUUUGACUUUGUGUACUCGGCCUCCAUUCUGAGGGCUCAACAAUACAAACUCAUCCCGAUUUUGGACAAGAGGACGAUCGCGGAAAUAGCAUCAACCUUCAAGCCAGCCCCGUUUGUGCCUAGAAGUGGAGUCAAGAUUGCUGUCACAGAAGCCGAAGCCAAGGAACAAAAUGGUCAGGCUGGUGGAGAUGGUAAGUAUUUGAUCCUUGCUUUAUAUUUUAGGGUCUUGACCUGUUUUUUGAUAAAAUAUUUUUUUUAAAUUAUAUGAUGUUGAUAUACAAAGGAUGAAUAUGAGAACUUCUUGACACCAUUGAUUUUAGACAUGGACGAAACCGACACAGUCCUGGAUGGCCUCAAAUUGGCUCUGGCUCGUCUUCAGCUCACGAACAACGAUCAAAUGGAGAUGAUCGACUUUGAGAAGGACGAUGACACGAAUCAUCACGUUGAGUUUGUGACUGCCGCUUCAAACUUGAGAGCCGAGAACUACGACAUUGCCUUGGCCGAUGCCAUGAAGACGAAACAAAUUGCUGGACGUAUCAUCCCAGCUCUGGCUACUACAACGUCAGUUGUGGCUGGAUUGGUCGCCAUUGAAUUGUACAAAUGUGUGGAUGCAGAUGGCAGAACCGCCAAAACUCCAGUAGAACAGUUCAAGAAUGGCUUCCUGAACUUGGCUUCACCCUUCUACACCUUCAGUGAACCAGGAGCGGCCCCAAAGAAGAAGUACGGUAACAAUGAGUUCACGUUAUGGGACAGAAUCGAAAUCAAGGGUCCAGCUACCUUGAAGGAGUUUAUCGAAGAAGUCGAGAACAAAACCGAACUUACCGUGUCCAUGAUCUCCUGUGGAGUGUCAUUAUUGUACGCUUUCUUCCACCCUCCGGCGAAAGUCAACGAAAGAAAGGCCAAGAAGUAAGUUUUGAAAGGUUUUUUGAGUUGUUUUUGUGACAUUUUUGAUUAUUUUAGCGUGCUUUUUACGAAAAAGCAUUUGAAUAUUUCAUCUUAUUUUUUCUAUAGUAAUAUAUUUUUUUUUACUAAUUAAUAUUGUUUUAGCUUGGUCGAUGUUGUCCAGGAAGUUUCUCGUGGGCCAAUCCCAUCGUAUCGUCGCGCCCUUGUCCUCGACGCAACUACGUCGAACGAAGAAGACGAAGAUGUUGAGAUCCCUUACAUUAAGUACAUUAUUUGA